AUGGAUUUCAAUGGUAAUGUAAAUGCUGGUUCUUCCUCUAUAUCAAAAAAGAGUCAUAGGCAAAAGCAGCAACAACCGCAGCCUCAGCAACUUACUGAAGAAAUCAAGUAUGUAGGAGUGAGGCGGAGGCCGUGGGGAAGAUACGCAGCUGAGAUAAGAAACCCGACUACAAAAGAGAGGCAUUGGCUAGGUACAUUUGAUACAGCCGAGGAGGCUGCAUUGGCCUAUGAUAGAGCCGCACGGUCUAUUAGAGGCUUGACUGCUCGGACCAACUUUGUCUACUCCGAUAUGCCUCGUGGCUCCUCAGUAACUUCCUUCAUCUCUCCUGAUGAAUCACAACGUUUCAUUUCCGAGUUAUUCAACCCCCCAAGCCAACUAGAAGCUCCUCACAGCAGCAACAACAACAAUCUAUAUUUAUCCGCGAACAAUCAAAACCAAAACUCUAUUGAAUUCGCAUACAAUGGGUGGACACAUGAGUCUGAAUGUGGUUAUCAGUCUAUGAAAACUAAUGAUGAGCAUUGUAAUCAUGAGCUUGCACCUCUUCCUCCAAGUACUUGUUCUGGGGCUGAACUUACAAUUCCGGAGACCGAUAGCUAUUGGAAUCUGGCGCAUGCUGGCAUGGAUACGUUUUCCUUUGAGAUCGAUGGCUUUGUGGAUCAAAACAGUCUUGGUGAGAGUGGAACAGAAGGGUUUGGCUCUUCAUCCUCCACAUUCUUCUAUCAAUAA